AUUCAAUAUAGGUUGAGGUAACGAUAGACACCAUGCUUGCAACGAUACCACUCGAAGCACUCAUCUCAAAUGAACAGAAAGCCGUAGAGAGACUGGUCGAAGCCGCUUCAAACGACGGUUGCUUUUACCUCGACAUCUCAAGCGCAAAAAUUCUUUUCGAUGCAGCCGACCAGAUUUCCGUAGCAGCAGACUCAUUUUUCAAUCUUCCGGUCCACGAAAAGCUGCUUUAUGAGAUGGAUCAUUUCACAAAUUUGCACAUGGGCGGAUACAAGACGCUCGGGAAACACAGUGGAGUCAAACAAGGCAAGCGAGAUGCUUUUGAGAACUUUCUCGUGCCGUUGAACGCUCUAGUCGGGCUGCAGGAGAAUCUUUUGGCCUGGCCUGCUGCGAUCGAAAACAAGCUUGAUUUGCUAUGCUGGUUUGAAAUCGAAUGUCACAGAGUGUGUCAGCUAAUACUGGAACGCUUGUCGAGCGUACUGGGAGCUCAAGACGUGCCUUUUCAGCAAAACCAUCGAUUGGACGAAAUGUCAACCACGUCCCUGGCCUUGUUGAAGUACCCGCCAUCAUCGGCCCUCGAGGGGGGUAAUGCAGGUCAUAUGGCACACACGGACGUGGGCUCGCUCACUCUGCUUUUCACCAAAACACCAGGACUGGACAUCUGGCGCGAAUCGACAGCUUGUUGGGCACCCGCUCUACCUCAAUCAGGUUGUAUUAUUGUUAACGUUGGUGACGCGCUGAGCUUCAUGAGUAAACGGCGAUUCAAAAGCUGCUUGCAUCGUGUCGUACCGAUCACUGCGUCGACACGCUUUUCUCUUGCCUUCUUCCAUCGUCCGGAGUUGGGUGCAAAGUUUCACGACGGCGAAGGACGAGAGUGGACCGGAGAAAGCUGGCAUCGUGCAAAGUAUCAGCUGUUCAGGGCGGACAAUAGAGUGCAGGCUUCGAAUGCGCUCCUGACAGGAAAGAUAAAUUUUCUGGGACACAUAGAUGAGCAUGGCAGGACUCAGGUGACUGCAUAGAUCAUACAGUGGGGCAAAAUUGUCUAUACGGCUCGAUAGCCGCUGACUCU